CUUCUCUAUCCACUUGGUGGCAUGAGGCUAAAGGCUAAAGGGGCUCAGACUGAGACUGUAAUCCCCGGAUGGAAGCAUCAUGGCGGCCACUCGCUGAGCUGUCAAGCUCUCCACAAAAGAAAAGAAACCUCAAAACCGAUGGAUUUGGUGGAUAUUUGCGCGCCAAGCCCUGCUUCAAAUAAAAAGAAGUGUGCACGCAAAAGGAAUAGGGUUUGGCGCAAACGGUGCCACCGUAGGAAGCGUGCAGUUCAGCUCCCAACUAUGCAACGUGAAGUUCAAAAUGGACCAAAGAAGACACCAGAAAAAUGUGUGCAUAGCACAGAGCCUUCGUCAAAAAAGCCCACCCAAGGUGGACCACAGAGUGAAUGCUGGACAAACAAUAAUAUCAAUGCACUCAGGUUUACGUGCACACAAUGCAAGAACAACCUGGAAUAUGUUCCCAAAGACUUAGUGAGGCACUAUGAGGAAAACCACAGAGGGAGCUCACCUGUUUUUUCUUGUCAAAUGUGCCCUUUUAAUACACACAAGUUCUCCUACCUUCAGGUUCAUCUGUUAAGCCACACGGACACUUUUUCUAGCUGCUGUAUUUGUAAUGACAACGUGAAGCGUACGUGGUCUGAAAUGAGUGCACACUUCACUACAUGUCAUUGCCAAAAUGGCAAAUAUUCAUGUGAAAAGUGUCCGAGAUUCUCUACUAGUGAUGUGACUGGAUUUUUAGAACAUAUGUGCUUAAGACAUUUUGGCCAUCAAGGACUAAAUGAGGCUGAUCUGCACAAGAAGGAUAAUAAUCAGUUAGGGUCCAUAACAGCUAAUAAAACUUUAUGUUGUCCACACUGCAGCUAUGAAUCAUCUCAGAAGUGGAUGCUUGCUAAGCACAUUAAUGCCAACCACCGCCAGAAUGGUACCCAAAGAAAGAAGGUCCAUUCCAUGGCAAAAAAAUCAAACGAACAACAAAUGAAGCCUAGGUUAACAAGAAGCACAGUAAGGGAAAUGUGCUGGUUAACACAGGACUGCCUUUCUAUGCCCGGGAGAGACUUCCUGGAUAAAUAUUGCCAUUUGUCUGACCCUCAAACUACACUAGAGGAGACCCAGCAAUUUUUAAUGAAAUCUGUUGCUGGAGAAAAGGGUGACCAGAAAUGGACUGAAGCUCUCAAAUCGGUUCUGUCUAAUGUCCCUCAAGACAUUAGCAUCCAUUCCAAAUCAGAGAAUGGCAUCAUGUCAGAUUCGGCCGAUCUCACUGUCCUCACGGUCCAGAACAAGAUAACUGUGGCUCAGAAUGGCGCUACCUAUGCUAAAAGGCUGAAAAUGAUGGAGGAAACGGAAAAAGAAUGUACUUUCCCCGAAAGUGCUGCUGCUGAUGUUUGUCAGAUUGGAGGUCAAGUUAUUCUGAAUGAUGAUCCACGUUCCCUACAGACUGAAACUAAACUAACUGAAGACACAUUCAUUUCGACCCACAAUGACUCACCUGAGUUCAUCCAGAUUCUGGAAAACCGAGAGAAUCAGGAAAAGACUGACUUGGAUAACGGGGGCAAUCAGGAUAAACAACCCCAUUUAGAAGGGAUUGGUAUAUCUGAUGAGCCAAUCGUCAUUAAUGAGAGCCAAGAGAAGAAAUCCAUGUGUAAAGACAAUCCAAAAAAUACAAGAAGGAAGCAAAGACGGAAAAUAAAGUCCAGAUCUAAAAAAGUAGUUAAAGGAACUUCUGGAGUAGCCUUAAAGAUUGUGUUGAAGAAGAAUCCUGUAAAAGACAGGCAGUGGGUGUCACAAAGCCCAUCAGACAUUAUUAAUUGUCCGAUGAAUGACCAGUACGCCAAACUAAAUCCUGACGCAUCAGUACAGGACACGACACAGGGGACUCAUCAGCAUGACCCCACUGAAGCCAUUAUAUUAGCACAUGGACUGCCUUCAAGUUGUGCUGCUAAGACUGUUGUGCAUGACGUUUCGUUCUCGCCGGAUGAUGCAAAGAAAUUGCGACACUUGUUGGAAACAGAUCUUGACAAGAGUGAGCAGUCAGAUUUACCAGAGACUUCAGUUGAGGACUAUCCUGAACGCUUGCAGCUCCCUUCCUCCAGUGGUGCUCCAGACUGUUGUCUGUCAGCUGAUAAUGAAGCCACCCACAGCAGCUGCAGCCAGUCUCCCCCUCGUUCCCAACCUGCUAUUACACCACAGGGCAGUCGUGAUGAUAACGUCCACGUUUUCAAAUGGAGGAGAAGAAAAGUUCCUCCUUUCUGUCUACUACCACAUGAAAGUGGUAUGCUGAACUCUGGAGCAGAAUCUAUAGAACAGAGUGGCCAUAGUAGAGAAGUGCCUCCAGACUCUUGCACAAACCUUCUCAGCAAUGGAGCGGAGAAAGCCAUCCAACUGGAACCAUGGCCAGCCUUUGUACCCUACCGGCAGCCUGUACCAAAAAGCCUGGAAAGGAAUCUGAAAUUGGUCGCCAUAAGCCCCUCACAGCUGAUACGGUGUCCAGUGAGAGACCAGCCUGUGGUGGUGCUCAAUCACCCAGACGCAGACAUCCCGGAGGUGGCCAGGAUCAUGCAGGUGGUCAACCGGUACAAAGGAGACGUGCAAAAAGUCAUCCUGUCUCGUGCCACUCUGACCGCUCUCUCUGACACAAAUAAUUGUACGAACACUCAUACCCAACCACCCUGGCAUGGGGAGAACCUAAUCCGGGAAAGGUUCAUCCUAAAACUGAGACUGCGGCGACUCAGUAGGAAGAAGUACGAGGUGUUGGAUCCAGUUUCUCCCAGCAGGGAUGUCGUAAAAAAAUUCAGUUGCUGGUUUUGCGGCAGAGUGUUUGACAAGCAAGAGGUGUGGAUGGUCCACCGCCAGCGACACUUGAUGGACUGGAAAAGGCCAAACUGUGAAAACGUUUGAAUGUGGCGCACACUGGAAAACAAAAGAUGACUUUGCAAUCACAAAAACGAUGACAAUCAGCUUCUCAAGUCUUAAGUCUCAGAUCCUGGACUUUCUCAGGGUAACAUUUACCUUUUUUGAGUAGCUCCAGUUAAAGUCUUUGUUGAUGAGUUUGUGAAGUCACAAGAAUGUGAUGUUUCAUUUGGUUCUUUGUACCCUUUGUUCUUGUCUAUGCAAACGCUUAUUUUAAUACACUGUCACCUUUUUAGAAAACACUGUCCAUGUUUAUAAAUAACCACACAAAUCUGAGUUAAUGUACGGGUAGGCAAUACAUUGUGGUAUCUAAAAUAUUUAUGUUUUUGAAAUAAGAUGCUAGAACCCACAUAUACCAAAACCAUGUGUUGUAAAAAAAAAAAAAAAAGCUAAACAAAAAUGACAAUAAGCUGAUUUAUUCAACAAUUAUUUAUGCCUCUUGUAGAUACGUUCUAUGCAUUUAUUUGAAUUUAUUUUUGGGCCAAUGGAAUUUUUCUUGUAUAUACUCCAAAUAAUAUGCGAGUCUCGUAUUAUCUGUGACUGAUAUAUUUUCAUGCAUUUAUUUAACAGUGGAUAUUCCUAAAACAUCUUUUACAUAGCGAUGGUUUGUCAUAACCGUGAAUGAUAAAAUAUUUUUUAUGAAAUCUGGCAUAGAUUGGAGGUGGCGGUGGUUUUCAAAGAGUUUACUAUAAUUUGACUUGAAAAUGAUCAUCUAGUUUUGUUUAUUUUUACUUGCACUAUGAAAGAAGGACUUUCUAUUUCCUUUACCUCGACGCAUUAAUCCCAUGUGCACGACAAUCUCGAUUGGUGGCCCCCUGUGGCAUAACAUUUCCGAAAGCAGCCAAAGGCUGUCUGUAUUGACUGCAGGAAUGUUGUGUGUGUGUGUGUGUGUGUGUGUGUGUGUGUGUGUGUGUGUGUGUGUGUGUGUGUGUGUGUGUGUGUGUCAUUCAAGGACCAUCCCUGUCUGUAACUCGCUGUAAAUAUUCUUGCUCCUCCAAUUUAGACAACAUAUUUUUGAUUGUACAUAGUCCUACUAGUGGUACUGUACUGUACACAAAGUGCCUUCCUAUUUGUUAUUGUUAUGCAACCGAUCUGUUUGAGCAUUAUUUGUAGAUGACAGAAUAAUGAAAUUGUGUGUUCCUGAUAACAUGAUUAAAGAUGUGGACUUACAGAGGAUAUUUGUUUUAUUUUAAGUACAAUACAUA